CUCGUUCAUUUCAAAACUUCAACGUCCGACAUAACAGUUUUGGGUGCUCUUCAACACAACUAUUUACCACAUAUAGCAAUAGUUUGAAGAUGAACUGUUGGUCGGCUGCCGUUCUUCUCGCUGCUGUCGCUUUCGUCCUUGCGGAGGCCGCUGAGGCAAAGCGUGGUUGCGCAACUUUCGGCCACUCCUGCUACGGAGGAAUGGGCAAACGUGCGUCGGAUUUGCUCGACAACAAUGAAGAAAUCUUACAAGACGUACAGAACGACGAAAAUCCAGCUUUCGUCUUCACUGGGCCACGGAGCGAAUACAAACCGGAACGACCUCCUAAACUAACACCCCAGCAAUACGACAACAUAUCACGCGUCAUUAGGCAAUGGAUUCAGUAUUACAGGAGAGCUCAAGAAUUGCAUGCCGACAACAACAUAUAAAGAAAAAUACCUAUUAAGUUCAGAACUGAAGUUUUUGUCCUCUAACAUAAUGGUUGUAGAGUAUAUUAACUAAUAUACUGUUAAGUAAAUGUUAAUGAGUAAAGUGUAAAGGCUUAUCUUCUUGUAGGUUUAUAACGUUAUGUUGAAAUGUAAGACGUACUUUUUGUUGUGAUUUUAUUGUAUAUUUAAAAUUUAAAAAAUAAAGUGUCAUUG